CCAAGCCUAUCGAGCUGCCUCACUGGCAUGGCAUCGUGGCGAUAAAGACCCAAGUAGGGGUCUAAAUUGGGAAGUCAGACUUGAUAAGGAGUCCCCGACAACGAGUGGAAGAGGCGAACACGAGAACAGGAGUCAUACAGGACAAGCAGUCAGGCAUAACGUGGAGGACUGCGGUUUGUGCACCGACUGGUCUACAGCAAUUCUUCUCAGGGUUGCAUUUUUUUCAAUCGCCCACAUUUCACUCUGCGUUGAACAUGGAAAGUUCUGGAACGGAUGCUGUGGAGACGUCCACAGUGCGUUCAAGGGUAAAAAGCAUUGUGAGACAGGGGUCGGAGGCCUCUCCAAUGGUUCCCUAUGAAGACCCUAACCUAGCGUUCGCCAGGAGAUGCAGCUUGAUCCUGAGUGAUGUGAAGUACAAGGAGGAGUACGAGAAAUCCAAGUGGCAGUGUACGGUUGGUGCCGACACACCUGUGAUCCAGCAUGUCAAAAACAUGGGCACUCUCCUGUCUGAGAGUAAAUAUAAAGAAGAGGGGAAGAAGGAGGCGUCCAUCUCUCUCUACUCCCUGCUACCAGAGACCAUGGAGACCCAGCACGCCAAAGAGGCCUCAGAGCUGCGCAGUGAGAUAAAGUACCGGGAGAGUGGGAAGACCGAGAUCACCAGCUCCCUCUACGCACUGCUGCCGGAGACCACAGAGACCCAGCUGGCCAAGGAGCACUCGGAACUACAGAGUGAUAACAAGUACAAAGAGGAGGGGAAGAAGGAGAUCUCAAACAGUCUGUACUCUCAGCUCGCCGAGACCACGGAGACGCAGCAUGCCAAGACCGCCACGGAGCUGCUGAGUGAGGCAAAGUACAAGGAGGCUGGCAAGAAAGAAGCCAGCACCUCCCUGUACUCUCAGCUGCCAGAGACCAAUGAGACCCAACAUGCGCGAGAGGUCUCCCAGCUACAGAGUGAGGUCAAAUACAAAGAGGGAAGCAAGGGCACGCCCUCCUCCCUGUACUCCCAGCUCCCGGACACGGCCGAGAUCCAGUUCGCCCGGGAGAUGACCGAGAUGCUGAGCGAGAAUAAGUAUAAAGAGAGUGGGAGAAAGAGCAUCUCAAGCUGUGUCUACUCACAGUUAGCAGACACAACAGACCUCCAGUUUGCCAGAGCUGUUGCUGAGCUGACCAACGAGAGAAGGUACAAAGAGGCAGGCAAGAAGGGGGUAAACAAGAGUCUCUAUUCCCUUCUUCCUGAGACUCUGGAAACCCUGCAUGCCAAAGAGUUCUCCCAGCUCCGGAGUGAGAUAAAGUACAAAGAGGACGGAAAGUACGAAAACACCUCAAGUCUGUAUCACCUGAUGCCUGACACUAUGCAGACUCAGUUUGCUAGAGAGGUGACAGACCUUCAAAGUGAGGUGAAGUACAAAGAGAAGGGCAAAAAUAAUGCCUCCUCCAGUAUCUACUCUCAACUCCCUGAAACCACGGAGACUCAGUUCGCCAAGCAGAUGUCAGAACUGCAGAGUGAGUCCAAAUACAAAGAGGCUGGGAAGAAAGAGGCCUCCACCUCUCUCUACCAUCAGCUGCCAGAGACACUGGAGACCCAGCACGCCAAAGAGGCUGGCAAGUUAUUGAGUGAGCUCAAAUACAAAGAGGCAGGGAAGAAAGAGGCCUCCAGCUCUCUAUACUCCCUCAUGGCCGACACCUCAGAGACCCAGUUUGCCAGGGAGAUGAGUGACCUGCAGAGUGACACGAAGUACAAAGAGAGCGCUAAGAACAGCGGCAGCACCAGUAUUUACUCCCAGCUCCCAGAAACCACGGAGACACAGUUUGUCAAAGCCGUCUCUGAGCUGCAGAGUGAGUCGAAAUACAAAGAGGCUGGUAAGAAGCAGGCUUCCAUUGCUCUGUACCAUCAGCUGCCAGAGACCCUGGAGACCCAACAUGCCAAAGAGGCUUAUGAGCUGCAGAGUGAGCUCAAAUACAAAGAGGGAGGCAAGAAGGAGACCCCGUCCAACCUGUACUCUCUGCUUCCUGAGACGAUUGACACCCACUUUGCCAAGCAGCAGUCGGAGCAGCGCAGCGAGGUGAAGUAUAAAGAAGACAUGAAGGACAACUCCUCCAACCUCUACUCCCACCUGCCAGAGACGACUGACACCAAGUUUGCUAAAGAGAUGUCAGAGAUGCAGAGUGAGACGAAGUAUAAAGAGGCCGGUAAGAAGCAGGCCUCCACCACUCUCUACCAUCAGCUGGCAGAGACACUAGAGACCCAGCACGCCAAAGAGGCCUAUCAGCUGCAGAGUGAGGUGGUGUAUAAAGGAGGGAAGGGGGAUUUCAAAGGCUCCACAUACACACAGCUCCCUGAUACCCUGGAGACUCACUUUGCCAGAGAAAUGACAGAGCUUCAGAGUCAGAACAAGUAUAGAGAGAGUGGGAAGAAGGACAUGAACACCAGCCUCUACUCCCAGCUGCCAGAGACCAAUGAGACCCAGUUUGUCAAAGCCGUGUCAGCAGUGGUGUCGGAGGCACAAUAUAAAAAAGCUGGCCAAAACCAGACGCCUGUGUCUCAUCACUCCAUAAUGCCUGAGACUCUGGAGACCCAGCACGCUAAACAUGCGUCUGAGCUUCAAAGUGAACUGAAGUACAAAGAGGACGGCAAGAAGGAGAGAUCCCACUGCCUGUACUUCCUCAUGCCGGAGACGGCACAGACCCAGCUGGCCAAAGAGAUCAUGGACAUGCAGAGUGAUGUCAAGUACAAGGAAGAGGGCAAGAAGGAGAUCUCCACCAGCCUUUACUCGCAGUUACCGGAGACCGCUGACACUCAGUUUGCCAAGCAGAUGUCAGAACUACAUAGCGAGACUAAAUACAAGCAAGAAGGGAAGGAGGAGGCAACUGUGUCUCUGUAUCAUCAGCUUCCAGUUACCAUGGAGAUGCAACACGCUAAAGAGGCCUACGAGCUUCAGAGUCAGUCUAAGUACAAAGAGGCUGGGAAAAAGGAGGCAACCACCUCUCUUUACCAUCUAAUGCCUGAAACACUUGAAACACAGCAUGCCAAAGAAGCCGCCAACUUACUGAGUAAUAUCAAGUACAAAGAGGGAGGGAAGAAGGAUCAGGCAGCAUCCUUCUACUCUCAGCUGCCGGACACGGCCGAGCUCCAGUUUGCCAGGGAGCUCAUGGAUCUGCAGAGUCAGACGAAGUACAAAGAGAGCGCUAAGAACAGCGGCAGCACCAGUAUUUACUCCCAGCUCCCGGAAACCACGGAGACACAGUUUGUCAAAGCCGUCUCGGAGCUGCAGAGUGAGGCCAAAUACAAAGAGGCUGGUAAGAAACAGGCCUCCAGUUCUCUCUACCAUCAGCUGCCAGAGACUCUGGAGACUAAACACGCCAAAGAGGCUUAUGAGCUCCGCAGUCAGAUAAAGUACAAGGAGAGCGGUAAGAAGCAGGCAUCCACUUCUCUCUACUCCCAGCUCCCAGAGACGGUUGAAACGCAGCUCGCCAAGGAGCAGUGUGACAUGUACAGCAAGGUCAAGUACAAAGAAGGCGGAAAGAAAGAGAUUUCCUCCAAUCUGUACUCCCAGCUCCCCGAGACCAUGGAGACGCAGUUCGCCAAACAGCAGUCUGAGCUCCAGAGCGAGGUUAAGUACAAAAGAGAAACCCAGUCGGAACUGCCCAAUUGCCUGUACGCCCAGAUGCCUCAAACCAGUGAGAUCCAGUUCGCUCAGGAACAGGGCCAGUCACUGAGUGAGAGCAAGUACAAAGAGGCAGGGAAGAAGGAGGCGUCCACCUCUCUGUACUCAGUGCUGCCUGAGACGCUGGACACCCAGCACGCCAAAGAGGCCUCAGCGCUGCAAAGUGAGAAAAAGUAUAAGGAGGACGGGAAGCGCGUCCUCUCCACCAGUCUCUACUCUCAGCUCCCACAGACCAUCGACACACAGUUUGCUGCCAUGGUCUCGGACCGGCAGAGUGAGAAUAAGUAUAAAGAGGAAGGCAAGAAGAGCAUCAACAGCUGCAUGUACUCCCAGCUCCCGGAAACCACAGAGAUCCAGUUCGCUAAAACCGUCUCUGAGAUGCAGAGCAAGACCAAGUACAAAGAGGCCGGAAAGAAAGAGAUCUCCAGCUCUCACUACUCUCAGCUGCCCGUGACCAUGGAAACCCAGCACGCCAAAGACGUCAGCCAGAUCCUGAGCGAGAACAAAAACAAAGAAGGUAGGAAGGAAAUGAACUCUUGCCUGUACUCCCAACUCCCUGAAACCAACGAGAUUCAGUUCGCCAAGAGUGUCUCUGACCUCCAGAGUGAGAAUAAAUAUAAACAGAAGGGCAAAGAGGAGAAUUCUACCAGUCUGUUCCACCAGCUGGCAGAGACUCCAGAGAUGCAGUUUGCCAAGCAGGUUUCAGAGGUCCAGAGCCAGCAAAAGUACAAGCGAGACACGCUGAUGGAGAUGUCGAGCUGCCUGUACGCACAGCUUCCCCAGACAGCUGAGACCCAGUUCGCCAAAGAGCUGGCACAGACAAUGAGCGAGACUAAGUACAAAGAAGGGAAGAGGGAGAUGGCUAACUGUCUGUAUGCCCAGAUGGCUGAGACCAGUGAGACACAGCAUGCCAAAGAGCUAUCCCAGCUCUACAGCGAGAAAAGCUACAGGGAAGGUGGCAAGAGAGACACAGGACCCUAUCUGUAUGCUCAGAUGCCUCAGACCAUAGACACUGUGUUCGCUAAAGAAGUGGGCAAGCACCAAAGCCAUAAACUGUACACGGAGAAGUACGAGGCGGAGAAAGGAAAAGCCAGCUAUACCAACAUGAAGACCCUGCCUGACGUUGAGCAUGCCAUGGAGGUCAACAAGAAGCAGAGUGAACUGGAGUACAGGAAGGGAAAGCAGGACAUGCAUACAUUCAGUGAAGUGGUGGACAGACCAGACAUACGCAAUGCCACGGAAGCAAACAAACUGGCCAGUAAUGUGGCAUAUAAGAGUAAGAACAAGGCUGAGGCGUACAAUACGCAGUCUGUACUGGACAGGCCUGAUAUCGAGCACGCAAAGAAGACCUCUACUCUGGCCAGUCAGGUGAAGUAUAGGGAGAAGUUUGACCAGGACCAGAAGGGACAGAAGCACCAGUAUAACCCAGGAGACUGUCUGUCCUUCAAACACACUCAGGCAGCCUCAGCCCUCGCCAGCCAGGUGAAGUACAAGAGCGGCCAGAAUCAGAACGAACCAGCCACAGAUCUGCCUAACCUGCUUCAUCUGGGACAUGCUCUCCAUGCCAGCAAGCUCCAGAGCAAUGUUGAGUACAGGAAGAAGUAUGAGCAGUCCAAGGGCCACUACCACACAGCUCUGGACACAGCGGAACAGCUCCACCACAAGGAGAACGCCGUGCUGCACAGUCAGGUCAAAUACAAAGAAGAGUACGAGAAAUCAAGAGGCAAGUCCCUGAUGGAGUUUGUGGACACUCAGUCCUACAAAAUGUCCAAGGAAGCGCAGAAAAUCCAAAGUGAGAGGGAGUAUCGUAAGGAGUAUGAGGACACCAUCCGAGGCAAGGCCCUGGUGGACGUGGACCUCACCCCAGCAUACAUCACCGCCCGCCACGCCAGCAGCCUCAUUAGUGAUAAAGAGUACAAGAAGGAUCAUGAGCUGGGGGUGAAAGGGAAGGGAAUGACGGAGGAGGACACCCCAGACCUGCUGCGGGUGAAGAACGCCGGGCAGAUCCUCAAUGAGAAAGAGUACCGCAAAGAUCUCGAGACGGAGAUCAUUGGCAAAGGUAUGGAGAUCAGCGCCGGUGUUCUGGAGAUCCAGAGAGCCAAGAAGGCCUCGGAGAUUACCAGCCAGCUGAACUAUAAGCAGAAGGAGCAGCUGAAAGAGAACAUAUACGGCACAGUGACUGACACCCCGGAGCUCCUGCAUGCUGCCUACCUGAAAGACGUGUACAGUCAGAAAAAAUACAAGGAUGAGGCGGAGAGACUGAAGGGCACGUGUGCUGCUGUGUCUGACACCCCAGAGAUGGAGAGGGUGAAGACCAACCAGAGGAACAUCAGCUCACUGAGGUACACAUGGGACUCGAAGCUGAUGAGAGGACUGAUGUCCUCUGUCACAGAGACACCUGAGAUUGUGCUAGCCAGGGAGAAUGCGAAGAACUUCAGCGAUGUGAAGUACCGGGAGGGUGUUGGCAGUGGAACCGCAGUGAGGGAAACCCAAGAUAUGGAGAGGGUCCGCCGGAACCAGGAGAACAUCAGCUCAGUGAAAUAUAAGAAGCCGGCGGGGCAGGCCACCAAUGUCGGGAUGACCCCGGAACUGGAGAGGGUGAAGCAGAACCAGCAGAACAUCAGCUCGAUAAAGUACCAGAAGGAUCUGCAGGAGGUCAAAGGGCGGUUCUGCUCAGAACUGGACACACCUGAAAUGAGGCGUGUCCGCAAAUCUCAGAACAACAUCUCCAUGGCCAAGUACCAUGAGGACUUUGAGCGGGCGCGGGGUCGGGGCACCACCCCAGGCCUGGAGGAUCACAUGGGCAUGGAGCGCGGGCACCCCCACCACCACCACAACAACCAGGUGAUGAGCGAGGCAGCCUACAAAGGCGUGCACCCACAGGUGGUAGAGAUGGACCGUAGACCGGGCAUCAAUGUAGACUUGCAGGUGUGGCGCACUGAUCCUGGGUCCAUCUUUGAUUUGGACCCAGUGGAGGAUAACAUUCAGUCUAAAAGCCUGCAGAGACUGUCUGGUCGGGCCAGUCGCCUGAGCAGGCAGCAGUCGCAGCAGUCGCUGCCCUCCCAGGCCCAGUCUGCAUGCAGCUCCGUCGGCUCAGAGCUGUGGGACAGGAGCCUGUCUGUGUGCAGUAGCAGCUCCACUCUGCAGUCCCAGCAGGACAGAGUCCCUGUGCUUCCAGGCGCGUACCACCAAGGAGGACAGCACCAGGGGUACUACAUGCACCAAGGCAGCAUGUCCUCAGUGAGGUCUGUCCAGUCCCCCCCUCAAUCUGCCCCCAUGAGAGUGUACCGCGCGCUCUACGACUACGCUGCCCAGGACCACGACGAGGUGUCUUUCCGCGAUGGCGACGUCAUCAUCAACGCCCAGCCCAUUGAUGAGGGCUGGAUGUACGGCACGGUUCAAAGGACCGGCAAGUCUGGCAUGCUACCCGCCAACUAUGUGGAGUUCUUCAAUUAGAGGGGAGGGCCUGGUCCUUUUUGGGGGGGGGGGGGGGGGGGGCAUGCCGUCCCCCAAACCCCACCCCGGCCCCCAUCCAAGCUGAGGGCACAAUAGAAGUCCUGGGAGGCUGAGGAGUCAAGUGCAUUCUAGUUCCGAGAAACACAUUACAGCCAUAAUUUUAGUCCCGCUGUUUAGAUCUUUAUGGGCAUAACCUGGACAAGUAUUCCGCUCCUCCUGUGCCACAUAUUAAUACACAUCUUGCUUUACAAAACUGUGAUUCAGCUAUGGGUAAGGGGAUUAAAAUGUCAUGUUGUUUUGGUCCCGGAUAAAUAAAUUGAAACGGAUUAUGACAGUUUGUCUUGUUCUACUCAGGUAGUAACAUUCAGUAAUAUAAGCAGAGAGAGAGAAUAUGAAUAUGCGUUGAAUGGUAAAUAGAAUUGCCCUGCCCCCAGGACUUCUGUUCGAAGGACAGACCUGCCUUGUUUUAUUCCUUUGUGUUUCUAUUUUUGUUUAACUUUCACAUUUAGAUGUUGUCACUAAUACAUUUUUUAUUAUUGUUAUUAUUAUUAUUAUUAUUAUUAUUAUUAUAUUAUGAUUUACAAAAAAGGAAAAACAUUGAGUGUCAGGCUCCAAGUUUUCCAGUAAGAUGGUCUGCAAACCAUAACCGGUUAUGUUAUUAUUAACACUUUUUUUCUUAUAAAAUAUUGUGUAAACCAACUCUGCAACUGUUGUUCAGUGCUGUAGACAUGGUAAACAAUGUCUCCUGUCUCAUUGACCUUGACUGUGUUUUAUGGCUGUAUAAAAUAUGCAUGUACAGAAUACUAACUGGGAUCCAUAGUAAGUUUUCAGAGGCACUGCCCAACUCUAUCCAGUGAGUAGCCAUUGAAUCACUGUCUCCUACAGUUGUGUUUUAUGAAACAUGUUGAAGCAAAGUUCCAGCAAGUUGUUUUCUUUCUGUGGCCAAUGGCAUGAGAAGACCAUGAAAAAAAGAUAUUUGUGUAUAUUAGUACUGCUGAAUCUCAAGGUUGUUUGGAUGAAGAGACUAUGAUAAGGGCAGUCCAAAAUAUGCCAGUUAUAUAAGCAAUAUAUCAUUUUGUCACUUAGAUACAUAUAUACAGUACACCCUUAAGAUCCAUGUUUCUGCAGCAGAGUCAUGGAUAAAAUGGAUAUUGUCCAGAAUAUUCCACAUUAUUAAACUCCAGAUUAAACUCCAUAGUGUGUUGCUCAUCUAAUUUACAAAUGGUUUUUAAUCAAAACUCUGCACAUCAGUCUUGAGUUACGAUUUUCUUGUACAAAAAAAGGUGUUUCCCUUUGUUGAUUUGAUUGUGUUAACAGAUGCACUGUACCAGACAAUAAUUGCUUUUGAUAACAAUGCACCUGAGUUUUUAUUAAUUGCGGUGGUUCACAUGUGUGGCAAAUAAACUGCUUUGUCAACAUUCA